AUGCCUCCUCUAAGAUCGACGCGUUUGUUCAACGUGCCAAGUUUUUUUGGCGGCUUGAGACAAGUAGUGAGAAGAAAAGAUUUACUGAUGAGUGGCGUUAUUCACUUUUCGAUUGGCAGUGUUUACUUAGUAUUUGCAAUACACAUGGCGCAGAAAGUAUCAAAAGGAAGCCUAAGUAAUUAUCUGAAAAACCACAGUCUCUGGAAUUACCAUCAAAGUCUACCCUCUUCGACCACUUCUCACUUUCGAAGUAGCGUUGGUCAGAACAAUGAUUAUUCAAAUGAUUACACGAACGUGAGCACCGCUGUGUACAACGCCAGCACAAGUAGUGGCAGGCUGAGUACGUUCGGUGCAAGCAAGCUCAAGCACAUGGCUGAUCUCGAGAGAUCGUCCGAUAUUUGGCCAGGUUUGGUACUGAUGAAGAAAAAUGAGAAGCACAUGGCCCUCCUCUACGCCAUGGCCUGCUUCCUCAGUGGCGUCCUCUCACUCAUCGUCUUUUUCCAGAAACUUAUCCUGCUGGCUGGUUUGAAUUUUCUUCCACCUGGUCAACCGAUGCAACCAACGCCAUCAUCAUCAUCAUCAUCACCACCAUUUUUCUCUUCUUCCUCUUCCUCUCUUCAUCCCGAUCCGAUUGAUACUGUCCUGAUGAUGGCUCUGGUGCUUCUAGAAUUUUUAACCUCUGUUAUCGGGGUCAUACUCUCGCUGAUGUUCGCUGUCCAGACAACAACAGUGGACGAAGACUUCCGGGCAAUUUUUAGAGGUUUCAAUAAUGACCGCAACGAAGGUAUGGUAUCCAUCGAAAUCACUGAUGCUUACGAUACAGGUCGAACCAGAAGUUACCCUGAAUCAUGUCUGCCACAAGCAACAACCUUGGUCGGUCGGGCACAAGAGAAUUAUCGCCGCAUACAAUACUACCAUUACCGCAACCAACAGUGCCAACAACAUCGCCUUAUUCAACAACCUCUGACCUUCACAAAUCUGCAGACUGGUCUCAUAGUCCAGCCAUCAUCACCAUUACCACCAACGUUACCUGCUACCGUCCCCAACACACUACCAAGUACUGCUUUCGACGAUUUACCACCGCCUUAUGAAGCCAUUCGCGGCUCGCAACAUUCGCCAACCAAAUAA